AGUGUCCCCCCAACCAGCCUGAGGGGCUGGAGAGGGCUCUGUCAGCCAGCUGCAGCUCGGCUGUAAGAUCGCCCUGUCCUGGUGUCAAAGUGGGGGCUUCAGCUCCAAACUGAGAGCAGAAGGAGAGUGGAGAUAAGAGUAACCUGUGCUGCCACGCAGGGGGCAUGCCCAGGGCUGUUAGUCUGCAGAAAGUGAUGAAGGUGUGGGGUGGUGGGGCUGGAGAAGCGCAAGGCUUCUUCAAGAGGGUGCUUUCCUGCAGCCUCUUCCAGUCUUGCGGAGUUGUCUUCUUGGGGAGCAGAAGGCAGGAGGUGACCACGAGCAGGUCAAAACCUGUGAAAAUAGAGAGCUGGAGGAGGCUCUGAGACUACCAUGAGUGGCUCACCCCUGCUACUUACGGCUGGAGCAAACACUGUGGAAGAGCAGAGGGCUCGCUGGGAGAGAAAACGCAGCCGGACAGCCAAGGAGCUGCUGGAAACUGAGCACAAAUACCUUGAGCAGCUGGAUUUGGUGGUCACAUUCUUUGUGACAAUUUUAAAGGCCAAAGGGACACUUAAACCUGCUGUAAUGGAAACCAUAUUUGGACCCCUGGAAUCCAUAUAUUCGGCCAGCCAGGUUCUGUCGCUUCACCUGGAGAGAGGAAAUUUAGGACUGGGAUUGGAAAAUUUCUGUCAGAAAUUGGAGCUUUAUGGCCACUAUGCUGAGAACUUGGAACAGGCAAAUAAAACCUUGAAGGAGCAGCUGAGGAGAAAUAAGUCAUUUCGACGCUUUAAGAAGCUCCAAGAGACUCGACCUCAGUUUCAAGGAAAGAAGCUAGAGGAUUUGCUUCCUUUGCCUCUGCAGAGGUUGCACCAGUACAAGCAUUUCCUCAGAGACCUGCUGGAGAACACCAGCCCAGACAGUGCUGAGUACCAGAAACUUGCAAAGACUGUGAAAUCUGCUUCUGAGGUAUCUCAAUGGGUCCAGGACAUCAUUCGUAAGAGAGAGAACUCACUGCAGCUACUUCGUGUUCAGAAGCUCCUCAAAGGACAGAAGACCCAGGUGUUGACUCCAGGGCGCUGGUAUAUCCGAGAAGGCUGGCUUUUGGUGGUGCCUUCCAAGGGAGAAGAACUGAAGCGCAGGAUGUUCUUCCUUUUUUCUGAUAUCUUUGUUGCAACAAAACCCUGCCACCCACUCCACCUGCUAAACUCGAACAAAUUUGCAUGCACGGCUGUCUACCCACUUCACCAGUGCGUGGUGGAUAAAGUGUUUGGCCACACACAGAGCCAGGGAGGGCUCCUCAGUCUUUCCUUCCCACACAAGACACUGUUGUUGAUGUCCAGUGACCAGCAAGAUAUUAAUGACUGGUAUCAGAGUCUCAAAGCUGCAGUCAGGCGUCUGAAAGCCUGACCCAUCUGAGAACAAACUGGCAGGACAACCAUCCCUCUUGAUAGAAAGCUACAUAAUUUUAGGACAUGUUCAAGGACAUAAUAGUAGGAGAGUUGCAUUUAGAGGGACUACACACCAAGCCUGCGAAAUUAUGCUUUGUCAGCUGAUAUGGCAAAAAAACAUGUAUAUACAUUCAGAAUUUGUGUAUUACGAAUCUCUAUUAAGCCUUUCUCCCACUUUAGCUUAGAAGCUUCUAGCUUUCCUGUACUUUUUCUCCUGAUGGUUAACUUAAGGACAACUAGAAGAAACCUUGAUUUGCUUUCCCUCAUUAAAUGUUUUUUUAUCUACCUGUCUUUCUAAAUCAGCAUUUUCACGCUUGUAUGUUUACCUUCUCUUACUUCUGGCUCAUAAGUCCUUUGAUCAGAAAGGCUGUUUUGGCUAACGGUAACACAGGCAUAACACAGUAUUUCUGCUAGUGCUACAGGGCCACACAAUCUUCCUCCUGACAUAUUUUUAAUCAUUCAUACCCUUCAGUUUUCAACCAAAAUAGUUUGAAAGUUAUUGUCCUUCUUUCUCUAAGAAAGUGACAGGUGAGCAGAUCAAGGGAAAACAGUUCAGUGCUUAAAA